UUCCCAUUAGAGCCCUGCUUCUCUUUUUCUACUUCAGCCUCAGAUAAUAAUUCAUACUUUUGGCACCUUUUUUUUUUUUAAUCUUUCGGCUGCAGCCUUUCUCAGCCAGAUGCAAGCAGUGAUAUGACAUCUUCAGAGGGAGGAGAAAUGAAAGAGAGCAUGUAGGAGUGAGAGAGGAAGAGAAAUUAACAGGAUAUAGGUGUGCUCUGCGUGUGUGAGUGUGUUGAUUUUCACAUGUGCAGUUUGGUCUUGGUGGUCGGAGUUUGCAGUGACUUUUCUCAGAUGCAUGAAGGCUGAAAUCACCCAUGCUACACUGAGAGAGACAGAGAAGGAGAAAGAGGAAGGAACAAGCCUGUGUAAAACUUUCCGGCCCAGAUUCACGCAAGAUUACCUCUGUAAAGCACCAACCACGCAGAGAACAAGUAAAAAAAAAGAGAUUUUCCUCUGCCAACUGCUUGCCCUUAACGUAUAGUCAAGAGUUUUUAAUCACGUUCUCAAGGCUCAAAAGUGGAUCUCCAAAGACAAUAUCAGCUCACCUGAGCUGUUUUGUUGCCCAAACACUGAAAUUGCUUUAGGAAGCUUCUAGAGUGAAUUAUUUUUUCAGCCAGUAUGCUCACCAUGAGGCUUGUUUUGGGUAAUUUGCUUCUGUUUCUUGCUCUCGGACCCUGUUUCAAGUCCACUGAUGCACAAGAGACAACAACAGAGACAGAUGAAAACAUCACCUUACCAUUACCAAAUAUCGACACUGUGGAGUCAACGUUAAGUUCUGAAAUGCCCAGUGCCACACCUGAAAAUACAGUUCUCAAAAAUACAGCGGAUCCAAAUAAUCCAGAAACCACACUUGUUAGUGAAACAAACACCAUGCCUGAGGAACCAACAGGUGAGAGUACUCCAGCACUGAGUAUUGAGAUUGAACAAACAUCAUCAGAAUCUGUUCCUGAAACAACAACUGUACAGACGGAGCAGACCACAGUUAACACCCCUACUGUGCUUGUUAAUGUGGAAACAACAGUGAUUGAACAAAUAUCUUCAGACACCCCAACCACAAGUCAAUAUGAAACAACUGCUGGCUUCACAUCUCCUGAGUCGACCAGUCCUACAGAACAUCCUACAGAUGAAAUCACCACAGCAGCUGUGGCCAUGACUACUGAUUCAGCAGAAGCCCUCAAUCCCACAUCCAUCCUGACCACACCACCUGCAGACUGGACUGAGUCUCCGGCCAUCAUGUCCGACCCUGUGGACGCCAGCACUGAAACCUCCACUUCAACUUCAACAACAUCAACAUCAACUACACAGCUCCCUCAAAACACUGCUGAUUACCCAUCAGCCUCCACCGAUUUCACCACCGCAACCGGUGUGAUUACUGAGGCAAGUAUUUUGGACUUGAAAAGUAACUGGUUAUUAAUAAUAAUAGUGUUUGUGGCCAUUAUUUUUGUGCUGUGUGUGGGCAUGAUUCUGUUUGCCCGGCGGCGAAAGAAAAUCGCCUCAAGGAAUUUCGGCCCCAUGUAUAUGAAUGGACAAAGCAAAAGGUCCAAAAAGAAAAAAGGGGAGGAGGAUGAUGCGUGGGCGGGGCCUGUCAAUCUGGCGGUGGGGGCUGAAUGUGAUGCUGAGUUACAGGAGGGUCUAAUGCCUAAUAAUGGGAAACAGGAUGGAGAUGAUAUGGUGCUCAGCACAUUCGCCGCUCUGGAGGCAGGAGAUGUGUCUAAUGGUGGAGUGGGUGAGGACGGUACCAAGGAGGCUAAGAAAUGGGAGGAGCAGGAGCCUCUGCUUUACAUAGAUGAGGAUGCGAAUGAAGACAAGACAGGAAAAACACUGGAAGAGAGCGAGAAACAGAAAGGAGAUGAAAAAAGUGAAGAGAAGGAGAUGAACGGAGGAGAAACGUUCUGUCUCACCACAGCUGUCUGAAAGUCUUCUGUUGACUAAAUGAACAUUAAGGGAUUCAUUGGAAUGACCUGAUUACGUAAUUUGUGUUAUAAACAACAAGGACUAAGUAAUAUAGUUUUGUAUAUAUUAUUUGACUGUCGCCAUUCAGUAUGAGCAAUGGUGCGACGUUUAAUGAUGUUCUGAAAUUCAUACUCAUUUUCCUCAGUUGUUUUAUAUUUAAAAGUGCGGUCAUAUUAGCCAAACUUCUGCAAAUAUUUAUAAAUAUUUGUAUCUGCAAAAAUAGCAAUUAUUGUCAGUAGUGUACUGUAGAUGUGUGAAUCACAUAUAGAAAUUAACUUUGAAAUCAAGCAGCGCUCCAUUGGUCCAAAUGGCAAAUUCAUAUGACCAACUGAAACCAUUGCAAAAUGUUUGUGGGGAAAGCUUUAAUCCUCAUGCAAAUUUGCAGACUGUAUGGAUUGCUAUUGAAAUGACUGGAUUUCACCAAUGAAAAUAUGUCAGUGUGACUGCACUUUAAGAUGAGAUAAUGGUUGAAUUAAUUAAACAUCAUCAUUCAUCCAUUUCAAAUGUUUACUAUGAUGUAGCUAAAAAAAACAAAAAACAUGCAUCUAUAUCUUUAUCCGCAUCUUGGACAGUUGUACUUGGCUAAAGGAUUGAGGUUAUUGGCAGUGCACCAAAAUUCACUGAUUACGGCACACAAUGUUGAUGUUAAAAAAAACAGCUAACCUUUAAGAUUUUAAGACUUACAUUCUGAGAAUGAAACUAUGGCAUAGAAUAUGCAAUAAACUUUUUAUGUUUUUAAAAUACAAACACUUCCCAUAGUCUUUUUAAAAUAUAUUCUUUGCUGAUCUUGCAGGAAAAACUGUCAAAUUCUGUGGUGAAUGUGUUAAGCAGAAAUUUCUAGACUCUUAACAUUAUCAAUUAUAAUCAUUAUGAAAUAACUAAAAUACCUAAUAAGCAUACAUGCAAGAGAGAGGGGAUGUAAUGACGAGAAUUACAAUUCUGUGUAAUUCUGCUGAGCUGUCAUGCACUGAUAAAAAUUAUUUUGUGGUGAAGUAAAUACUACACAAAAACAAAUGUAAUUUCUACAUUAACUAAUUUAGUUCAGGCAAGAAUUUAAAAAAUAAAGUAAAUUCUAUAUUAGUACUGAAUUUAAGCUCGCAGAAAUUAAAGUUUAAACUUAUAAGUGUAUUUUACUUGGAAUUGUUUGUUAUGUAUACAAGGAUUCUUUAAGUAAAUAUCAAAGUUAUGAUCCCAUUUUUCCCAUCAUGCACUGGAGCAUGAAUAAUUAAAAAGGUUAAAAUCUUCA